GAACCAUUCCGCAUUUCAGUCGGUUCAUGACAACGGAGUGAUAUGGACCAAGAGUGAUUCGAAGACGGACGAUGAUGCCUCUCGCACCGACGCCUGUCAUGGCGGUGCCGUCCAAACCCAAAAUCGGAUUUUCAAUCGACUCGAUCGUCGGAGGAUCGCCCGAGAGGAGCGACGAGAGCGAAGACAGCCCGCAGUGUUCGCCGAAAAACGUGUCGGGCUCAAGCAGCCCCCUGGACCCGGGCCGGUCGCCGCCGCCGCUCAUCAGGCCCAGUGCCGUUCCCCCGUUUCCAAAAGGACUCUAUUUGCACGAGCCGGUCGUACCCAACCAUCAGUUGGCACUCGCGGCAGCGGCUGCACAACAGUUCCACGCCGCGGGGAUCGCAGCGGCGCUGGGCGGACCGCCGGGACCUGGUAUGCCGCCGCACCACCACCAGCCUCCGAGAGACACCUACCCGCUCUACCCGUGGCUUCUCUCCAGACACGGAAGGAUAUUUCCUCACCGGUUUCCUGGAGCUACAUUGACAAGAUUUGACCACAGUUUACUGAACCCCGAACUCGAUAAUUAUUGCCCGGAUAUUCCUGGGUUCCUCCUCCAGCCGUUCAGGAAGCCCAAGAGGAUCCGGACGGCGUUCUCGCCCUCCCAGCUGCUGAAGUUGGAGCACGCCUUCGAAAAAAACCACUACGUCGUGGGAGCCGAAAGGAAGCAACUAGCCCAAUCCUUAAGCCUAACGGAAACCCAGGUUAAAGUCUGGUUCCAGAAUAGGCGGACAAAGCAUAAACGAAUGCAGCAGGAGGAAGAGGCAAAGGCACAGCAGCAGCAGGCAGCUGCCAGCAACAAGAAUUCCCACCAUGUCAACAAGUGGAAACAGGAGACGUCACAGCCUGGCACUCCGCAGCAGUACCACAUCCACAGGCACGAAGAGAGCAGCGGAGACGAAGCCUAAGUUCCUCAGGGCGGAAGAAUAUACAGAAAGAAAACCCAAACACUCAUACAAAAAAAUACAAAAAACAAGACUGGUUCGCGAAGUCACUGCCGUUGAACAGGUGUUCGGCUCACAAUGGGAAGGAGCGUGUCAUCAAUCUACCUUCUUCCGAAUUCGCGACACCUAACGGAGAAUUCCAAGCACGGCCCGUGAAAAAGGGUAGAUAUACGGUACGAACAACUAAAACCAUAAUAAUAAUAAACAGCCCGUUCCGCCGAAAAAGGACGAUGUAAAUUUUGUAUAUAAGAAUCCUCAAGAAAAAUGUACUAGUCGAAAAAAUAAAUUCGUCGCCCCUUUUUAAAGACGAAUAAAUACCGAAAACAAUGCGAUUAGGCAUUUGGAUAUACACUAUUAUUAUAUUUUUCAAAAUUACAAAUAAUUUUCUAUUAUCAUUUUUUUUAUAUAAAAUUCAUUGAAAUGUCUUUGAUAAUUAAUAUAUGAUAAUUAUCCUUGCCAUUUGCUUUAAGUUACUGUUACAAUGACGUAUUUUUGUUUUCAUCAUUUUUUACAAUUGAAAUAUGAUGUUUCUUACAAUUAAAAUCAAUUUACGUCGGACUACCGACGUCCAAAAGCCUCGUCGCGUGUUUUGUAUAUCUAUAUGUAUUAAGUUAUAUAUAUUUUUUUUACUGUAAUAUAUGUGUAUUUUCCAAGGUGUAUGUUGUACAUAGCUUACCCAGACUGUAAAUUGCAGUGUGUAAUUUUUGUAUUAUUUAUUGUGAUAGUUACUGCAUAAGUUUAUAAAUUACCUGAAUAUAUCCCGGCGGAGUUGAUAAGCGAACGCUUAAAAAAAAAAAAGAAUUUUAAAAAUGAAAAAAAAAUGUUUGUACAUUCUGAGUUAUGUUCCUGUAAAUAAUUAACGUUAAAUAAGAGAAAUUAUUUAAAGGAUAACCGUGCCAAAUGAAUAUAAAAAUCACUUUUGACGAUUGUUCAAAAACGAAUAAAUAAACUUAAAAAAAUGUGGAAGAAAAAUAAUUGUACAUUAUAUCAGUUAGUGUUUCGUUUUUCUAUGUGGUUAAACUUAAUUAAGAUUGCUGAUUAAUAAAAUAAAAAAUAAAAAACCAAUAAAAGUUUAGUGUUGAACGUUCCCUACGUAUUUAUGUAUUAAAAAAGAGAGAAAUGAAAAAAAUAUAUUUAAUUGAAAAAGAUAAAUGAACAAUAAAA